GGGAUGAUGAAGCUUACAGAAGGAGAAGAAAAUAAAUAGACUGCUCCCAAUCAAAUCAAACAAGCGACUGUAAAUAACUGUCGUAUCGUUAGCUCACGAAACAAAAGAAAUAGCAAGUAUUAGGAUCUAGAUCCAAAAUGACGGAUACAAAUCUGGAGUUACAAGAAUCCGGUUGGGAGGAACUAAGAAGAGAAGCAAGAAAGAUCGAAGGAGAUCUCGAUGUUAAACUCUCUUCUUAUGCUAAACUUGGCUCUCGAUUCACUCAAGGGGGAGGAGGAGGUUAUGUCGAGACUGGUUCGCCAACAGUUGGAUCCAGUAGGUCAUGGAAAUCAAUGGAAAUGGAAAUUCAAUCGUCACUUGAGAAGUUACUUGAUAUAAAUGAUGCUAUGAGUAGAUGUGCUGCGUCUGCAGCACCAGCCACUUCAGUUACUCAAAAGCUAGCAAGGCAUAGAGAUAUCCUUCAUGAUUUUACGCAGGAGUUUAGACGAAUCAAGGGAAACAUACUCUCUAUGAGGGAACAUUCAGAGCUUCUGAGUUCUGUCAGAGACGAUAUUAGUGAGUACAAGGCAUCUGGUAGUAUGUCCCCGAGAGUGCAGUUACUACGAGAAAGAGCUGCCAUCCAUGGAAGCAUAUCUCACAUAGAUGAUGUCAUAAAUCAAGCUCAAACGACCAGGGCCGUUUUGGGUUCUCAAAGGGCUUUUUUUGGAGAUGUUCAGGGGAAAGUGAAGCUUCUAGGCGACAAAUUUCCAAUUAUCCGUGGCCUUCUUGGUUCUAUCAGGAGGAGACGAUCAAGAGACACUCUCAUUCUGUCCGCUGUUAUUGCUGCUUGUACGUUGUUUCUUAUUAUCUACUGGCUCUCAAAAUAACAAAUGCUAUUUAUUGUUACAAAAUUUACAAAACGAUGAUGCUCUUCCAAAGCAAUUUUGCUUCUGUAAUAUGUUGUUAGGAUGGAUGAAGUUUUGUAUGCAUCCAUGUGGUGCCAUUACGCCAGAAGUAUAUCAUUUUGUUUUAUA